GUAGGAUGAGAAUGUGAGCUAUGUCCAGGCUCAGGGCCAUGGAACUCAGAGCUGCUCUCCUGUAACUGUUUAUUUUUCUCUGGAGGCUUCAGUCAAGUUGGCUGUUUGUCCCUGAGUGCAGUUUUGCUGGAAUGCUGCCUGCCUGCCAUCAGAAUAAGGGAGCACCUGUGAAAGGAUUGUGGUGUCACCUGAGAGGAAGGAAAGCAGAAAUCAGUGUUGCUGCAGGGGGUUGGGAGCCAACGGCAUCCGGCUGAGCAUGGAGAGCGCUCUGACGGCGCGGGACCGCGUCGGGGUGCAGGACUUUGUCCUGCUGGAGAACUUCACUAGCGAGGCUGCAUUCAUUGAGAACCUGAGGAAACGCUUCAAGGAGAACCUCAUCUAUACCUACAUUGGCUCUGUGCUGGUGUCUGUGAAUCCCUACAAGGAACUGGAAAUCUACACCAAGCAGAACAUGGAGCGCUACCGCGGCGUCAGCUUCUACGAAGUCUCUCCUCACCUCUACGCCAUCGCGGAUAACUCGUACCGCUCCCUGCGCACCGAGAGGAGGGACCAGUGCAUCCUCAUCUCCGGAGAGAGCGGCGCCGGCAAGACCGAGGCCACCAAGAAGAUCCUGCAGUACUACGCCGUCACCUGCCCCGCCAGCCAGCAGGUCGAGACCGUCAAGGACCGGCUGCUGCAGUCCAACCCCGUCCUGGAGGCCUUUGGAAAUGCAAAAACCCUUCGGAAUGACAACUCCAGUCGGUUUGGGAAGUACAUGGAUGUGCAGUUUGAUUACAGGGGGGCUCCUGUUGGGGGCCACAUCUUGAACUACCUCCUGGAGAAAUCCCGAGUUGUGCACCAGAACCACGGCGAGAGGAACUUCCACAUCUUCUACCAGCUGCUGGAGGGAGGGGAGGAGGACCUGCUCAGGAGGCUGGGCCUUGAGAAGAACCCACAGCAGUAUCACUAUUUAGUAAAGGGUCACUGUGCAAGAGUGAGUUCCAUAAAUGACAAAAAUGAGUGGAAGAUCAUGAGGAGAGCCCUGUCUGUUAUCGGCUUCAAUGACACUGAGGUGGAGGAUUUGCUGAGCAUUGUGGCCAGUGUCCUGCACCUGGGGAAUGUCCAGUUUGCUGCUGAUGAGCAGGGAAAUGCUCAGGUCACUACAGAGAACCAGAUUAAAUACCUGGCCAGGCUGCUGGCAGUGGAUGGCUCAGUUCUUCGGGAUGCCCUGAUCCACAAGAAGAUCAUAGCAAAAGGGGAGGAGCUGGUGAGUCCCCUGAACCUGGAGCAGGCAGCCUAUGCCAGGGAUGCCCUCGCCAAGGCCGUCUACGGCCGCACCUUCUCCUGGCUGGUCAGCAAGGUCAACAAAUCCCUGGCUUACAAGGAAGAGAAAUUUCCAGGCUGGAGAAGUACAACAGUUCUAGGAUUGCUGGACAUCUAUGGGUUUGAGGUUUUCCAGCACAACAGCUUUGAGCAGUUUUGUAUUAAUUAUUGCAAUGAAAAGCUGCAGCAGCUGUUCAUAGAGCUGACCCUGAAGUCAGAGCAGGAGGAGUACGAGUCCGAGGGCAUCGCGUGGGAACCAGUUCAGUAUUUCAAUAACAAAAUAAUUUGUGAUUUGGUGGAAGAGAAAUUCAAAGGCAUCAUUUCUAUUUUGGAUGAGGAGUGUCUGAGACCUGGGGAUGCCACAGACACGACAUUCUUGGAGAAACUGGAGGAGACUGUGAAGAACCACCCUCAUUUUCUCACGCACAAACUUGCUGACCAGAAGACGCGCAAGUCGCUGGGGCGGGAGGAAUUCCGGCUCUCACACUAUGCUGGGGAUGUCACCUAUAGUGUUGCAGGUUUUCUAGAUAAAAACAACGACCUUCUCUUCAGGAACCUGAAGGAGACCAUGUGCAACUCAGAGAACCCCAUCAUAAACCAGUGCUUUGAUAGGACAGAGCUGACAGACAAAAAGAGACCUGAAACGGCAGCAACUCAGUUCAAAAACAGCCUCUCCAAACUCAUGGAAAUCCUGAUGUCCAAAGAGCCCUCCUACAUUCGCUGCAUGAAACCCAAUGAUGCCAAACAGGCUGAGAGGUUUGAUGAAGUCCUGAUCCGGCACCAGGUGAAGUACCUGGGGCUGAUGGAGAACCUCCGCGUGCGCAGGGCCGGCUUCGCCUACCGCAGGAAAUACGAGGUGUUCCUGCAGAGGUACAAAUCCCUGUGUCCAGAGACGUGGCCCACGUGGGAUGGGCGGCCCCACGAUGGGGUGGCUGUGCUGGUCAAGCACCUUGGCUACAAACCAGAAGAAUACAAAAUGGGACGAACAAAGAUUUUUAUCCGCUUUCCCAAGACCUUGUUUGCCACUGAAGAUGCUCUGGAAGUGAGGAAACAGAGUCUGGCCACAAAAAUGCAGGCGACAUGGAGAGGAUUCUACCGCCGGAAGAAAUUCCUGACCAUGAAACGCUCAGCCAUCACCAUCCAGUCCUGGUGGAGGGGAACCCUGGGACGCCGAAAAGCUGCCAAGAGGAAAUGGGCAGUGGAGACAAUCAGGAGGUUCAUUAAAGGCUUCAUCUACCGGAACCACCCGCGGUGCCCAGAGAACGAGUAUUUCCUGGAUUACAUCCGAUUCUCCUUCCUCAUGAACCUCAAGAGGAACUUACCAAAAAAUGUCCUGGACAAAUCGUGGCCAACUCCUCCCCCAUCACUCUGUGAGGCGUCGCAGCUCCUGCGCAGGCUCUGCAUGCAGAACAUGGUCUGGACCUACUGCAAGAGGAUCAGCCCCGAGUGGAAGCAGCAGUUGGAACAAAAAGUAAUUGCCAGUGAGAUAUUCAAGGGUAAAAAAGACAAUUAUCCUCAGAGUGUUCCCAGGCUCUUCAUCAACACUCGACUGGGUAGAGAAGAAAUAAAUGCUAAAGUCCUUCAAGCAUUAGAAAAUGAAGCACUUAAGUAUGCAGUGCCCGUGGUCAAGUACGACAGGAAGGGCUACAAGGCGAGGGCUCGGCAGCUGCUGCUCACCCACAGCUCGGCCAUCGUGGUGGAGGAGUCCAAGAUCAAGCAGCGCAUCGACUACGCCAGGCUGACAGGCAUCUCCGUCAGCAGCCUGAGUGACAACUUGUUUGUGCUGCACGUGCACUGUGAGGACAACAAGCAGAAGGGUGAUGUUGUCCUGCAGAGUGACCACGUGAUUGAGACACUGACAAAAACAGCAAUUCUGGCCAACAAAAUCAACAAUGUCAACAUCAACCAGGGCAGCAUAAAGUUCACAGUGGGACAAGGCAAAGAAGGGAUCAUCGACUUCAUCUCGGGCUCAGAGCUGCUCAUAGCCAAAGCCAAGAACGGGCAUCUAACAGUGGUGGCUCCUCGGCUGAAUUCCCGAUGAUGAACAAUUCCCUGCCCCAGGACCUUCCCUCCCUCCACGGAAUUGGCUGAACGUUGCUCCCAGCAAUCCCCCCCUCCUCGCUUUGCUCUUUCUGUUACUACCAAAGACCUGCACUUUCAGAACAACCACAAAAUUCAUCCUUGCUCUCUCCUCUUACUCUCAAAGUCCCAGACAAAGGCCUUCUCCUCUCCUCCUUCCCUGCCUGAAGGUGGGUCCAGCACAGCAUCCCUGCAACCACAGCUCGGGACCUUCAGCUGGUGGAGGAAGAGUUUAAGCCCUGAUGGAAAUGACCAAAAUUUGUGCUUGUCAUCACCAAAAAAAGCACAAUCAGAAAACAAGUAACUCUGCUGCUUUCUCAGCCAAAUCACUGAAAUGCCAAACUUUGUAUUCAGAAUGUUUUAUGAAGAAUUUUGCUCGGAGAUGUUUUAAUGCUUUGUGUUACAAAUAUAGUGAAGCCAUAUUGUGUAAAUGAGUAAAAAAACCUGUAAAUACUUUAUAGCCAAGGACGAGAUGCACUACGAGAGAUGGAGUUGAUGUGGAAAUUUUAUGUUUUAGAUUUGGAAUUUUUGUUGGUUUUAGUUUAUGGUUACAAGGUAUAACCUUAAAAACCCAUGAUGUAACUUCACUGAUCAGGAGCCAGAGACUUUUAUCUUUUUUUGAAGUCAGCUGUCCCAUUUCUUGCUCUCUAUUUUUAUACCAUAGGAAUUUUUCAUAUCCACACAAACACAAUGUAAUACAAACUGCAGAGGUUACACUGCUCUGGGCUGGCCAUGGGAUGAACACGAGCUUCCCCCACUUCCUUUCUUUCCCUGUCUGGGAAUCCCCACUGCCCCUUUCCCACACAGCUCAGCAGGCUCAGAGCACCUUCAGGAAAAAUGGCUUUUCCUCUUGCUCCAGAACUGGAACUCUGAUUCCCACAGUAUUUAUAGCAGUGCCUCAAUGCUGCCUUACCAGGGAUGGGGCACUGCUGCUGUCCCACAGCUCCAGGGACACAGGGGUGGGUGCUGGCUGCAGCACAGGCUCCUCCUCAGCACCUUCCUUUAAUGCAAACAGCUGAGGGUGCAGGGCUGCAUGGGGAAUUGCUGCUGCACCCAUGGCACAGCCCCACAGCCCAGCCCUACCUGCCUUAGCCACCCUUCCCUCCAGCUGCUGCAGCCACAGCCAGCCCUGAGUGCCUCCCACCCACUGCUGCCUCUCUCACAGCCUCAGCUCCCUCUCCUGCUCUGGUUCCUGAUGCCACUGUCCAGCCCUGCUCCUGGCUGGAAUGUGGACACACUGCAGGCCAUCCCAGCUGUGCUCAGUGUGUGCAGGGCACGCUGCAGAUGUUGGUGUAUAACCUCUGCCAGACUACGCUGAAUAAAUUUUUACAAAAAACCAA